ACGCAAUUGGAUCUACUGAGUACGUUAAUUUUGGUAUGUUAAGCGUUAGUAAGACCAAGACGGCUGUAACGACGACCUCUUAAUAAACCAUUCACACAUUCGACUUCACGACAGGAAUAACCAUCGUCUGAGAGGUUCAGCGCGGUCCAACGAAAUCGACCCCCCACGUCGACGAGAAGGUGAUGGAAAAUCCCGAGAGAGUCGACUACGACAGCAAUGGGGUAACGGGGAAUCCUGCAGAAAAGGCAGAGGGCGGAGAGAUGGAUAAUCCUCCGAAGAACGAUACUGAAGGCGGUACGAUCCUCGACGUGGAGCUGUUCAAGAUUAUCGGGGUUUACCAGCUGCUGCGCCCCGACGAGUUCGGCCUGAACGCUCGCCUGUGCCGGACGACUGCGAUUGUAGUCGUGUGUCUCACGCUCGGGCUGCAGUCGAUGCAAGUGUGCCGACUGUACCUGGCCAGACAUGAUCUACAGAUGUUCGCCAACGUAGGGGUGAUGAUCAUCAAUGGGCUAAUGUGCCUGCUCAAGGGCUACAUGGUAGCAGCCAACGCGGACCGGAUGAGCGCCACGCUGAAUGCAGCCCGGUACGCGUUCACCGGUUGCGGUAACCGCGACCAGUCCAAGCUACGCCUGUGCCGGGCCAGGCUAUCCACAAUACUCCGGACUUUCGUCCGGCUCAGCUUCGGCACUCUGAUCGUGUGGGUGGUAAUGCCGUGGUUCAUGGCGUCCGAGUACGACGACACGCCCUCCAUCUGGGCGACGGUGUACGUCAUCGAGUCCAUCAUACUGACGGUCAACGUGUUUUGCUGGACGUCGUUCGACUGUUACCUGGUCACCAUGUGUUUUGUGUUGGAGGCCCUGUUCUGCACCAUGUCUACUGGUUACGAGACCCUCGGCCGUCACCGGGCGGCCGCCAAAUCAUCGGCUGGCCAACAGUUGGCCAUCGCGGGCACGAUAAGCGACGUAUCGAUAUCGGAUGUCAACUAUGACGAUUUGACAAGUCACAUUCUUGACAAUCAAAAUAUAAUCGAACAGUACGAUGAAUUUUUCGAUGUCGUUCGUCCUAUGGUUCUGGUUCAAAUAGCCAAUGGAAUGUAUUCAAUAAUCACUCUGAUAUUUCUCACUUUGCUGACGUAUCUCAGUGGUUAUUCGAUCGUAUCAGCGCCAUUUUUGAAAUUUGUCUGCGGACUAGCUUCGCUCACCAUUGAACUGUAUAUUUAUUGUUACGGGUUCAACCACAUUGAAGAUGGGAAAUCCACGGUGAAUUUUGGACUGUACAGCAGCAAUUGGACGGAGAUGGAUUUGAAAUUUAAAAACACUCUGUUGAUGGCUAUGAUCAUGAACUCUGCUCACAAGCGAGUGAUGAAAGUGUCGCCAAAUUCCAUCGUAAAUCUGGAAAUGUUCACCGGGGUGAUGAACAUGUCGUACUCGAUAGUAUCCGUGUUACUAAAUUAAGAGAACACAUCUAAUAAGUACCUACCUUUCUGGCGAAAACAUUUUGCAUUAAAACGGAUGAAUAUUAUUUGUUCCACAGUUGGUAGGUACCUAGUACCUCUAUGAAUGCUUUAGCUUUAGCUUACUUAAGCGUAUUAUAAAAUAAAUAUUGGAGUGAAUGUUUUAUGGGUUUGUAUAAUUUAUGAACUAAUAUCUAUAGCAUAUAAUAGAAAAGCUAAUAAAUUUAAAAAAUGUUCUUAAUUGGCAUUUACAAGAUUAAACUAUGUACCCAAAGUAGUGCAUAUUUUAUUAUAAAGAUCUUAAUUUGUAUACUUGUUAUUACAAUAUUUAUAUUGAUAUUUUGCACUUCAUACAAAUCUUAUAAAUACUUGUUGCUUCUUGAUAAUUACAAUUAAGUAGGUAUCUAUUUUAUAAAUCUAGAUUCUACGCAUUAUGUCUUAUAUCAUUUAAGUUUUAAAAUAUUUUCAAACAUGUAGGAAAUUAAUCUUCAUACAUUACAAACAUAAUAUUGUCAUAUCUACUGAUCACUAAUAAGGAAUUAUAACUAAGUAGAUACAUUAAAAUCAGGUUUUAUUAUAGUAGUGCUGUGCAAAAUAACUCUAUUAUUAACUGACGAUUAACAUCUAUAAUAUUAUUUAAAACUGAACAAUUAAAUUUAAUAAAUAUUAAUUCGCUAUGUAUGUUUAUACAUGGUUUUAUUAACUAUGAAGUUUAUUUUUAGUUAUUAUUACAUGUGUAUAAUAUGUUACCUAUACUGAAUAUUUACAAAUUCAACGAAUCAAUGUUUUUUUGGAAUUUUAAAUUUAAAAAAACGAUUGAUCGAACUUAUAUUUUUGUGCUCUUAUGAGGCAUACAUUAUAUGAAAAAUUAUUGUUACAUAAUAUUACGCCAUUGCUAAAUGUUGUAUACAUCUUAGUCUUAUCACUAGGGUUCGGGACUUAUUGCACUUAAAAUUAUCAAAAUAUGCAGUCCAAAUCGUCAAAAUAUGCUUUAAAAUAUGCAGCUAAUUUUUAUUUUAUUUUUAA